AUUAUCAUAAAAUGGCGAGCGUAGCUACUAAAGGAUCCGGUCUCAUAAACAGGCUGCUUGUGCAAGCAAGGCCUCAGUUGGAUGUCUUCUUAAAAUACGCCAAGGUGGAGCUUACUCCCCCAACACCGGGUGAUAUUCCAGCGAUUCGCCAAAGCAUGGGUAAUCUGGUCAAGAGUGCAAAGACCGGAUCCUACAAAAACCUUUCCGUUAAGGAGGCUUGGCUAAACACACUCGUCACCGCUGAGGUUAUAUUCUGGUUCUACAUUGGCGAGUGCAUCGGCAAGCGUCAUAUUGUUGGCUACAACGUUUAAAUUUGCAGUUACGAAUAAUGUAGUGAACGAACUUAUCACUAACGAUUAUGUACGUGAACGAAUAAAAAUUCAACAUUAAAUGUAAUAAAUAAAUGUGCAUAUAACUA